CCGGCCGGCUGGCUGGCUGGCGCUGCUGGAGCCGGGACGCUCCGCUAGUGUCUCCGCGGCUCCCGGCAGCUGCGAACGAGCCAGCCGAGCAGGGCGGGCGCCCCACUCCUUCCAGCUGCCCCCCAAGCCCAGCCCCCCAGCCCAGCCCAGCCAUGGCCGAAGGAGGCGGCGAAGGAGAGGACGACGUCCAGUUUCUCCGGACAGAUGAUGAGGUCGUUCUUCAGUGCUCUGCCACCAUCUUGAAGGAACAGCUGAAGUUAUGUCUGUCUGCAGAAGGUUUCGGCAACCGGCUGUGUUUCCUAGAACCUACCUCCAACGCUCAGAAAGUCCCCCCGGAUCUGGCCAUAUGCUGCUUCAGCCUGGAACAGUCCUUGUCCGUACGAGCGCUUCAGGAAAUGUUAGCCAACACCGUGGAGGUGGGUUCUGAUGGUGUUGACUUGGACAAGUGGUCUUCUCAAGGUGGCGGACAUCGGACACUCCUGUACGGACACGCUAUUCUUCUCCGGCAUUCCCACAGCGCCAUGUAUUUGAGCUGCCUAACCACAUCCCGCUCCCUGACGGAUAAACUUGCCUUUGACGUGGGCCUUCAGGAGGAUGCAACAGGGGAAGCCUGUUGGUGGACCAUCCAUCCUGCCUCCAAGCAGCGAUCGGAAGGGGAGAAGGUGCGCGUGGGUGAUGACCUCAUCCUUGUCAGCGUCUCCUCUGAGCGGUACCUGCACCUGUCUACAGCCAGUGGAGAGCUCCAGGCAGAUGCCUCCUUCAUGCAAACACUCUGGAACAUGAACCCCAUCUGCUCAGGCUGCGAGGAAGGGUAUGUGACCGGAGGCCAUGUUAUGCGCCUCUUCCACGGCCAUAUGGACGAAUGCCUCACCAUCUCCACCACGGACCAGAAUGAAGAGCAGCGCAGGGUGGUGAACUACGAAGGCGGAGCUGUCUGUUCCCAGGCUCGCUCGCUGUGGCGUCUGGAGCCUCUGCGCAUCAGCUGGAGCGGCAGCCACAUGAAGUGGGGGCAGCCCUUCCGCGUCCGCCACGUGACCACGGGCCGCUACCUGGCGCAGACCGAUGAGAAGGGGCUGGUUGUGGUCGACGCUGAGAAAGCUCACACCAAAGCCACAGCUUUCUGCUUCCGGAUCUCUAAGGAAAAGCUGGAUGUGGCUCCGAAGCGAGACGUGGAGGGGAUGGGAGCCCCUGAGAUCAAGUACGGAGAGUCCAUGUGUUUCGUGCAGCAUGUCGAUAGCGGCCUCUGGGUGACGUACGCGGCGGCUGAUGCCAAGGCUCUCCGCUUGGGGCUCCUCAAGAGAAAGGCCAUCUUGCACCAGGAAGGUCACAUGGAUGAUGCUCUCUCCCUGACCCGCUGCCAGCGUGAGGAGUCGCAAGCUGCCCGGAUGAUCUACAGCACUUCUGGCCUUUACAACCAGUUCAUCAAGGGCCUGGACACACUGAGCGGAAAGGUCAAGUCGGGAACCCCAGUGACUCUUCCCAUCGAUGGGAUGAUUCUCAGCUUGCAGGACCUGAUCAACUACUUCCAGCACCCUGAGGAAGAGCUGCAACAUGAGGAGAAGCAGACCAAGCUCCGUUCCCUCAAAAACAGGCAGAACCUCUUCCAGGAGGAGGGCAUGAUCACACUGGUUCUGAACUGCAUCGACCGCCUCAACGUGUACAGCACUGCCGCACACUUUGCUGAAUACGCUGGCGAGGAUGCCGCUGAGUCCUGGAAGGAGAUUGUCAACCUGCUGUAUGAGCUUCUCGCUUCACUGAUCCGUGGGAACCGGGCCAACUGCGCCCUUUUCUCAAACAACCUGGACUGGCUGGUCAGCAAGUUGGAUCGACUGGAGGCCUCCUCUGGCAUCUUGGAGGUUUUAUACUGCGUGCUCAUUGAAAGCCCUGAAGUUCUGAACAUCAUCCAAGAGAACCACAUCAAGUCCAUCAUUUCGCUCUUGGACAAACACGGGCGCAACCACAAGGUCCUGGAUGUCCUCUGCUCUCUGUGUGUCUGCAACGGUGUGGCCGUCCGCUCUAACCAAAACCUCAUCACUGAAAACUUGCUCCCGGGAAGGGACCUACUCUUGCAGACAAAGCUCAUCAACUACGUCACCAGCAUGCGCCCCAACAUCUUCCUGGGCACGCACGAUGGCUCCACCCAGUACAAGAAGUGGUACUACGAGAUGAUCGUGGAUUACGUGGAACCCUUCGUGACCUCUCAGGCCACCCAUUUGCGGGUUGGCUGGGCCAUGGCAGAAGGAUACAGCCCUUACCCCGGAGGCGGGGAAGGUUGGGGAGGCAACGGCGUCGGGGACGACCUCUACUCCUUUGGCUUCGACGGCCUGCACCUGUGGUCAGGCCGCGUGGCUCGGGCCGUGACCUCCCCCGGCCAGCACACCUUGGGGGCGGACGACGUGGUGAGCUGCUGCCUCGAUCUGAGCGUGCCCAGUAUCUCCUUCCGUAUCAAUGGCUUCCCCGUCCAGGGCAUGUUCGAGAACUUCAACCUGGACGGCCUCUUCUUCCCUGUGGUCAGCUUCUCUGCUGGCAUCAAGGUGAGGUUCCUCCUGGGGGGACGCCAUGGGGACUUCAAGUUCCUGCCCCCACCGGGCUACGCCCCCUGCUACGAGGCCCUCCUGCCACGUGACAAGAUGCGCGUGGAGCCCAUCAAGGAGUAUAAACACGACUUCAACGGGUUCCGGAACCUUCUGGGGCCCACCCAGUCCUUGUCCCACACCUCCUUCACGCCAUACCCCGUGGAUACCAUCCAGAUUGUACUGCCCCCCCAUCUUGAGCGGAUUCGGGAGAAACUGGCAGAGAACAUCCAUGAACUUUGGGCUUUGACUCGCAUUGAGCAAGGGUGGACUUACGGCCCCAUCCGGGAUGACAACAAGCGCUUGCACCCGUGUUUGCUGGAUUUCCACAGCCUGCCCGAACCAGAACGCAAUUACAACCUGCAGAUGUCGGGAGAGACACUCAAGACCUUGCUUGCUCUGGGCUGCCAUGUGGGGAUGGCAGAUGAGAAGGCUGAAGAGAACCUCAAGAAGACAAAGCUCCCCAAAACGUACAUGAUGUCCAAUGGCUACAAACCAGCGCCGCUGGAUCUCAACCACAUCAAGUUAACUCCGGCCCAGAACACCCUGGUGGACAAACUGGCAGAGAAUGGGCACAAUGUCUGGGCAAGAGAUCGUGUCCAGCAGGGCUGGACCUAUAGUGUUGUGCAGGACAUCAAAAACAAACGCAACCCCCGCCUGGUGCCCUACAGCCUGCUAGAUGAGCGGACGAAAAAAACGAACCGGGACAGCCUGCGCGAAGCGGUCCGCACCCUAAUCGGCUAUGGAUACAACAUCGAACCACCAGACCAGGAAGCCAGUCAGGAGCUGACCAAGGGCCGAUCAGAGAAGGUCCGCAUUUUCCGCGCCGAACAGUUCUACGCAGUGAAGUCAGGCAAAUGGUACUUUGAAUUUGAGGCCGUCACAACGGGAGAGAUGCGAGUAGGGUGGGCACGACCCAACGUGCGGCCUGACGUGGAACUGGGAGCGGAUGAGCUUUCCUACGUUUUCAACGGACACCGGGGCCAGCGCUGGCACCUGGGCAGCGAGCCUUUUGGCCGGCCGUGGCAACCGGGGGACGUGGUGGGCUGCAUGAUAGACCUCAUCGACAACAAUAUCAUGUUCACGCUCAAUGGGGAGAUGCUGAUCAGCGAUUCGGGGUCGGAGUUGGCCUUCAAAGAUGUUGAGAUCGAGGACGGUUUUAUCCCGGUGUGCAGCUUGGGCUUGUCCCAGGUGGGGCGCCUCAACCUGGGCCAGGAUGUCAGCACCCUCCGCUACUUCACCAUCUGCGGCCUGCAAGAAGGCUUUGAGCCCUUCGCCAUCAACAUGAAGCGGGACAUCACCAUGUGGUUCAGCAAAAGCCUGCCCCAGUUCUCCACGGUGCCCACGGAGCACCCUCAUUAUGAGGUGUCCCGGAUCGACGGCACCGUGGACAACCCUCCGUGCUUGAAGUUGACACACCGGACGUUCGGCUCGCAGAACGCCGUGGUGGAGCUCCUCUUCCUUCGGCUCAGCAUGCCCGUGGAGUUUGACGAGAAGUUCAAGGUCACGGCGGGCGCCACUCCCCUCACGCACACCCUCACCAUCCCCGAGGACGAGGUCAAGGACGUCGACCUCGACUCGGAAUACGAGCAGCUGAAGAAGACCGCCAGCCCCAAGGAGGCCGAAGAGGCCGAGAAGGAGAAGCAAGGCCCCGCUCCGCCAGGCGCGCCUAAGGAGCCCCCCAAGGAGGCCGCCAAGGCCGAGAACGAAAAGGAUGCUUCGACGGAAAAGGGCAAGACCAAGCGAGGUUUCCUGUUCAAAGCUAAGAAAGCCACCACAUUCAUCAAUCCUCCUCCAGUCGUCCCCACCGUCCCUCGGCUGGAAGAGGAGGUGGUUCCAGAUAAUCGAGAUGACCCCGAGAUCAUCAUGAACACCACAACGUAUUACUACUCAGUUCGGAUCUUUGCGGGCCAGGAGCCUACCUGUGUCUGGGUAGGCUGGGUCACACCUGACUACCACCAGCACGACAUGAACUUUGACCUCACCAAGGUGCGCAACGUCACUGUCACCAUGGGUGAUGACAAAGGAAACAUCCACGACAGCAUCAAGCGAAGCAGUUGCUACAUGGUGUGGGGAGGGGACUUCGUCUCCAGUACCCAGCAGACUCGGGUCAGCACCGUGGACCUGGUGAUUGGCUGCCUCGUUGACCUGGCAACAGGCCUCAUGACCUUUACAGCCAACGGGAAAGAGGUCAACACUUUCUUCCAGGUGGAGCCAAACACGAAGCUGUUUCCUGCUGUCGUUGCCCUCCCAACAAGCCAGAACGUAAUCCAGUUUGAACUGGGCAAGUUGAAGAACAUCAUGCCCAUCUCAGCUGCCAUGUUCCGCAGUGAGCGGAAGAACCCAGAACCCCAGUGCCCACCACGGCUUGCCAUUCAGAUGCUGACACCGAUGACCUGGAGCCGUAUGCCCAAUGAGUUCCUGCGGGUGGAAGUUGCCCGUUUCAGCGACCGGCAUGGGUGGAUGGUUGAGUGUACAGAGCCUAACAUCAUGAUGGCCCUCCACAUUCCAGAGGAAAGCCGGUGCAUAGACAUCCUGGAGCUUUCAGAGCGCCUGGACCUGCUGAAAUUCCACUCGCAUACCCUGAAGCUGUACUGCGCCGUCUGCGCCUUGGGCAACAACCGGGUGGCGCAUGCGCUGUGCAGCCACGUGGACGAGUCUCAGCUGCUGUACACCAUCGAGAGCAACCACCUGCCUGGCCUUCUGCGCAGCGGCUACUACGACCUUCUCAUCGGCAUGCACCUGGAGUCCGCCAAGCGCUCCCGCCUCAUGAUGAACAGCGAGUUCAUCGUCCCCAUGACGGACGAGACCAAGAGCAUCACGCUCUUCCCGGCCGGCACCAAGAAGCCCGGCCUGCCCGGGGUGGGAAUGAGCACCUGCCUGCGCCCGCCGCUGCACUUUGUGGACACCUGCUUCGUCAGCAACAGCAAGGAGCUGUACCAGCUCAGCCCGUCCAUCCCCUUGGACGUGCUGAAGGUGAAGGCCAUCAACAUGCUGACCGAGGCCGUCCAGGACGGCGGGCAGCACACCCGCGACCCCGUCGGGGGCAGCGUGGAGUUCCAGUUCGUGCCGGUCCUCAAGCUGAUCUGCACCCUCCUCAUCAUGGGCGUCUUCGAAGACGAGGACGUGCGCCACAUCCUCAAGAUGAUCGAGCCGAACGUCUUCGUGGAGCCCAAGGAGGAGGAAGAGGCAGCAGCGGAUGCUGAGGAGGGAGGGGAAGAGCAAGCGCCCACGGCGGAGGAAGAGGAGGAGAUGGCGGUAGCGGAGGAAGAAGACGAAGAGGGGGCGGAGAAAGAGGCCGGAGGGGGGAAGAAGGAAGACGUGGAGGGAGGCGAGAAGAGGGAGCUGAAAGCCAUUGAGGCCGGGGAAGCGGAAGCCAAGGAGGAUGAGGAAGCGUUGGAGGAAGGCUUGCUGCAGAUGAAGCUUCCUGAAUCUGUCAAGCUGCAGAUGUGCAACCUGCUGCAGUUCUUCUGCGACCGCGAGCUGCAGCACCGUGUGGAAGCCAUCAUCGCUUUCUCGGAGCGCUAUGUGGACAACCUGCAGACCAACCAGCGCCAGCGCUACAACACCCUCAUGCAGGCCUUCACCAUGUCUGCCGCAGAGACGGCCCGGCGCACCAGAGAGUUCCGCUCCCCUCCUCAGGAGCAGAUCAACAUGCUGCUGCACUUCAAGAAUGGGGCUGACGAGGAGGAGUGCCCAGUACCGGAAGACAUCCGGGACGAACUGCUGGAAUUCCACGCUGAUUUGCUGUCUCACUGUGGUAUCCAAUCGGAGGGUGAAGAAGAGGAGGAGGAGGAAGACACGUCCUUCUACCGGCGGCUGAUGGGCUUAGUGGAUAAGGUAACGAGCUUCCGCAAGAAGGAGGAGAAAACGGAGGAAGAGCAGCCUGCAGAAGAGGAGCCAAAACCCACCACCCUGCAGGAGCUGAUCUCACACACCAUGGUUCACUGGGCCCAAGAGUCUUUCAUCCAGAGCCCGGAGCUGGUGCGGGUCAUGUUCAGCCUUCUCCAUCGGCAGUACGACGGCCUUGGGGAGCUAAUCCGUGCCCUCCCCAAGGCCUACACCAUCAACGCCAACUCUGUGGAAGACACUAUGAGCCUGCUGGAGUGCCUGGGCCAGAUCCGUUCACUGCUCAUCGUCCAGAUGGGGCCUGAGGAGGAGAACCUGAUGAUACAGAGUAUUGGCAACAUUAUGAACAACAAGGUCUUCUACCAGCACCCCAACCUGAUGAGGGCUCUGGGCAUGCAUGAGACCGUCAUGGAGGUGAUGGUGAAUGUGCUCGGAGGAGGAGAUUCGAAGGAGAUCCGCUUCCCCAAGAUGGUGACCAAUUGCUGCCGUUUCCUGUGCUACUUCUGCCGCAUCAGCCGCCAGAACCAGCGCUCCAUGUUCGACCACCUCAGCUACCUGCUGGAGAACAGUGGCAUUGGGCUGGGCAUGCGCGGAUCCACACCCUUGGACGUGGCAGCUGCUUCUGUCAUCGACAACAACGAGCUGGCUCUGGCCUUGCAAGAGCAAGACCUGGAGAAGGUGGUGACGUACCUAGCCGGGGCCGGCCUCCAGAGCUGCCCCAUGCUGCUCUCCAAGGGAUACCCCGACAUUGGCUGGAACCCCUGUGGAGGCGAGCGUUACCUCGACUUCCUGCGCUUCACUGUCUUCGUCAACGGCGAGAGUGUGGAAGAGAACGCCAACGUGGUGGUUCGCUUGUUGAUCCGGCGCCCUGAGUGUUUUGGCCCCGCCCUACGGGGUGAAGGUGGCAACGGGCUGUUGGCCGCCAUUGAGGAGGCCAUCCAGAUCUCGCAGGAUCCUGCCCGCGACGGGCCGACGGUCAAGAAAGAUCGCCGCCGGGAGCUAUUUGGGGGAGAGGAAUCCCACGAGGAGAACCGGGUGCAUUUGGGCAACGCAAUCAUGUCCUUCUAUGCCGCCCUCAUCGAUUUGCUGGGGCGCUGCGCCCCUGAGAUGCAUCUCAUCCAGGCCGGAAAAGGCGAAGCCCUCCGAAUCAGGGCCAUCUUGCGCUCCUUGGUGCCCCUGGAGGAUCUUGUGGGGGUCAUCAGUCUACCUCUGCAGAUCCCAUCGUUUGGCAAAGACGGCAGCGUAGUCGAGCCCAAGAUGUCCGCGAGCUUUGUGCCUGACCACAAGGCACCCAUGGUGUUGUUCCUGGACCGGGUCUACGGCAUUGACAACCAGGACUUCCUUCUCAGCGUGCUGGAGGUGGGCUUCUUGCCUGACAUGAGAGCUGCCGCCUCAUUGGACACGGCUGCCUUCAGCACCACAGAGAUGGCUCUGGCCAUGAAUCGCUACCUGUGCCUGGCAGUGCUGCCGCUCAUCACCAAGUGUGCCCCCCUUUUCGCCGGCACUGAGCACCGGGCCAUCAUGGUGGACUCCAUGCUGCACACCAUCUACCGGCUGUCACGGGGGCGCUCCCUCACCAAAGCGCAGCGUGACGUCAUUGAAGAGUGCCUCAUGGCGCUGUGCAGGUAUAUCAGGCCCUCCAUGCUUCAGCAUCUCCUGCGCCGGCUGGUAUUUGAUGUGCCCAUCCUCAAUGAGUUUGCAAAGAUGUCUCUGAAGCUCCUGACCAAUCAUUAUGAGCGUUGCUGGAAGUACUACUGCCUUCCCACUGGCUGGGCCAACUAUGGGGUCACCUCUGAGGAGGAGCUUCACCUGACCCGGAAGCUCUUCUGGGGCAUUUUUGAGUCUCUGUCCCACAAGAAAUUUGACCCUGACCUGUACAAGCUUGCCAUGCCCUGCCUGUGUGCCAUCGCAGGGGCCCUCCCCCCUGACUACGUGGAUGCCAGCUAUUCAUCCAAGACAGAGAAGAAGGCGUCUGUGGAUGCUGAGGGCAACUUCGACCCCAAGCCUGUGGAGACCCUCAACGUCAUCAUUCCUGAGAGGCUGGACUCUUUCAUCAACAAGUAUGCUGAGUAUACCCAUGAGAAGUGGGCCUUUGACAAGAUUCAGAAUAACUGGUCGUUUGGGGAGGUGGUCGACGAAGAGGCCAAGACCAACCCCAUGCUGCGCCCUUACAAAACUUUCUCGGAAAAGGAUAAGGAAAUUUACCGCUGGCCCAUCAAGGAGUCUCUGAAGGCCAUGAUCGCUUGGGAAUGGACUGUUGAGAAGGCCCGGGAGGGCGAAGAGGAGAAGACCGAGAAGAAAAAGACUCGCAAGAUCUCACAAACAACCCAGACCUAUGACCCCAGCCAUGGCUACAACCCGCAACCCAUUGACCUUUCUGGAGUGACCCUUUCCAGGGAACUGCAGGCCAUGGCGGAGCAGCUGGCUGAGAACUACCACAACACCUGGGGGCGCAAGAAGAAGCUGGAACUGGAAGCCAAAGGGGGUGGCACCCAUCCCCUGCUGGUGCCUUACGAUACACUGACGGCCAAGGAGAAGGCCCGAGACCGAGAAAAGGCCCAGGAGUUGCUCAAAUUCCUCCAGCUUAACGGCUAUGCAGUGACAAGGGGUUUGAAGGACAUGGAACUGGACACAUCGUCCAUUGAGAAGCGGUUUGCCUAUGGGUUCCUGCAGCAGCUGCUGAAGUGGAUGGACAUCUCUCAGGAGUUUGUGGCCCACCUGGACGCCGUGGUAAGCAGUGGCCGAGUGGAGAAAUCCCCUCAUGAACAAGAGAUCAAGUUCUUUGCCAAGAUCCUGCUGCCUCUCAUCAACCAGUACUUCACCAAUCACUGCCUCUACUUCUUGUCCACACCGGCCAAAGUCCUAGGCAGCGGGGGCCAUGCCUCCAACAAGGAGAAGGAGAUGAUAACCAGCCUUUUCUGCAAACUGGCAGCCCUGGUCAGGCACCGGGUCUCUCUCUUCGGGACGGACGCUGCUGCUGUGGUUAACUGUCUGCACAUCCUCGCCCGCUCUUUGGAUGCCAGGACAGUGAUGAAAUCGGGGCCUGAGAUUGUGAAGGCCGGCCUGCGCUCUUUCUUUGAAGGGGCCUCGGACGACAUUGAGAAGAUGGUGGAGAACCUCAAGCUGGGCAAAGUGUCGCAGUCCCGCACCCAGGUCAAGGGCGUGGGCCAGAACAUCACCUACACCACCGUGGUCCUGCUGCCGGUGCUGACCUCCAUCUUCGAGCACAUCGCCCAGCACCAGUUUGGGGAUGACGUCAUCUUGGAUGACGUGCAGGUGUCCUGCUACCGAACUCUAUGCAGCAUCUAUUCCUUGGGCACCACCAAAAACCCUUAUGUGGAGAGGCAGCGUCCGCAACUUGGUGAAUGCUUGGCGCGGCUGGCAGCAGCAAUGCCCGUGGCCUUCCUGGAGCCUCAUCUCAACGAAUACAACCCCUUCUCCGUUUACACAACCAAAUCACCCAGGGAGCGAGCAAUCCUAGGCCUUCCAAACCGCGUGGAGGAGAUGUGCCCAGACAUCCCUAUCCUGGACAAGCUGAUGAAGGACAUCAGCGGGCUGGCGGAGUCAGGGGCCCGCUACACCGAGAUGCCGCAUGUGAUUGAGGUCACCCUGCCGAUGCUCUGCAACUACUUGCCCCGCUGGUGGGAGCGGGGCCCUGAAACCAACCCCCAGGGGCCCUGGUGCACGGAUGUGACCUCUGACCAACUCAACACCUUGCUGGGCAACAUCCUGAAGAUCAUCGUCAACAACCUGGGCAUCGACGAAGCUUCCUGGAUGAAGCGGUUGGCAGUCUUUGCCCAGCCCAUCGUCAGCAAGGCCAAGCCAGAACUGCUCCGCUCCCAUUUCAUUCCAACCAUGGAGAAGCUGAAGAAGCGGUCCGGGAAAGUGGUGGCUGAGGAGGACCAGCUGCGGCUGGAGGCCAAGACCGAGUCGGAGGACGCUGAGCUGCUGAUCAGGGACGAGUUCUCUGUGCUCUGCCGCGAUCUCUACGCCCUAUACCCUCUGCUCAUCCGCUACGUUGACAACAGCAGGGCCAACUGGUUGACAGAACCAAACUCAGAUGCCGAGGAGCUGUUCCGGAUGGUCGGGGAGGUGUUCAUUUACUGGUCCAAGUCACACAACUUCAAACGGGAGGAGCAGAACUUCGUAGUGCAGAACGAAAUCAACAACAUGUCCUUCCUGACAGCCGACAGCAAGAGCAAAAUGUCCAAGUCUGGAGAAGGCCAGUCGGGUGGCUCAGACCAGGAGCGGACCAAGAAGAAGAGGCGGGGGGACCGCUAUUCCGUGCAGACAUCGCUCAUCGUGGCCACGCUCAAGAAGAUGCUCCCCAUUGGCCUGAACAUGUGCUCCCCCACGGACCAGGAGCUGAUCAACUUGGCCAAGAUACGCUAUGCCCUGAAAGACACUGAUGAGGAGGUACGCGAAUUCCUGAACAACAACCUGCACCUCCAGGGCAAGUGUGAGAACUCCUCGUCCAUGCGCUGGCAGAUGGCCCUUUACAAGGAGAUGUCUGGCAAAGCCGAGGACUGCAACAAUCCGGAGAAGAUUGUCAAACGGGUUCAGGAGGUUUCGGCUGUGCUCUACCACCUGGAGCAGACGGAGCAUCCUUACAAGUCAAAGAAGGCCGUGUGGCACAAGCUGCUCUCCAAGCAACGGCGGCGAGCCGUGGUGGCCUGCUUCCGCAUGACGCCCCUCUACAACCUGCCCAGGCACCGGGCUUGCAACAUGUACUUGGAGAGCUACAAGCUGUCCUGGAUCCUUACCGAAGAGCACCCCUUUGAAGACAGGAUGAUUGACGAUCUGUCUAAACCAGGGGAGGAGGAGGAGGAAGAAGAAGAGGAGGCUGAAAAGAAACCAGACCCUUUGCAUCAGCUCAUCCUGCAUUUCAGCAGGACAGCGCUGACCGAGAAGAGCAAACUGGACGAAGACUAUCUGUAUAUGGCAUAUGCGGACAUCAUGGCGAAGAGUUGCCACAUCAACGAAGGAGAAGAAGGUGAAGAAAAUGGCGAAGAAGGGGAAGAGGCCGAGGUUCCCUUCGAGGAAAAGGAGAUGGAGAAGCAGAGGCUCCUUUAUCAGCAAUCCCGCCUGCACAACCGCGGGGCGGCCGAGAUGGUUCUGCAGAUGAUUAGCGCCUGCAAAGGGGAGCCUGGCGCUAUGGUGUCUUCUACCCUGAAGCUGGGCAUCUCCAUCCUGAAUGGCGGCAAUGAGGAAGUGCAGCAGAAAAUGCUGGAUUAUCUGAAGGAGAAACACGAGGUGGGAUUCUUCCUGAGCCUCCAGGCCCUGAUGCAGACAUGCAGUGUGCUGGACCUCAACGCCUUUGAGAGGCAAAACAAAGCUGAAGGCUUGGGAAUGGUGACGGAGGACGGAACCAUCAUCAUUCGUGAAAGUGGAGAGAAGGUGAUGGCGGACGAUCUCUUUACGCAGGACCUCUUCCGGUUCCUGCAGCUCCUGUGCGAGGGACACAACAACGACUUCCAGAACUACCUGCGGACACAGACAGGGAACACGACAACGAUCAACAUUAUCAUCUGCACUGUUGACUACCUUCUGCGUCUGCAGGAGUCUAUUAGUGAUUUCUACUGGUAUUACUCGGGCAAGGACGUCAUUGAUGAACAGGGCAAGCGAAACUUCUCCAAAGCCAUGGCUGUAGCCAAGCAGGUCUUCAACAGCCUCACUGAGUACAUCCAGGGACCGUGCACUGGGAACCAGCAGAGCUUGGCACACAGCAGGCUGUGGGACGCUGUCAUUGGCUUCCUUCAUGUCUUUGCUCACAUGAUGAUGAAGUUGGCUCAGAUGACCCAACCCCCAGGACUUCGAAAUGGCGACCAAUUUCGGAGCGAAUCCUACCCUGAGGAUUCAAGCCAAAUUGGGCUUCUGAAGGAGCUGCUGGAUCUGCAGAAAGACAUGGUGGUGAUGUUGCUGUCCCUUCUGGAAGGGAACGUGGUGAAUGGCACCAUCGCUCGGCAGAUGGUGGACAUGUUGGUGGAGUCUUCCAGUAACGUGGAGAUGAUUCUCAAGUUCUUCGAUAUGUUCUUGAAGCUGAAGGACAUUGUAGCAUCGGACGCCUUCCGAGACUACAUCACGGACCCGCGGGGUCUCAUCUCCAAGAAGGAUUUCCAGAAGGCCAUGGAUAGCCAAAAGCAGUACACGCCAUCCGAGAUCCAGUUCCUGCUCUCUUGCUCGGAGGCCGAUGAGAACGAGAUGAUCGACUAUGAGGAGUUUGCCGAUCGAUUCCAAGAGCCCGCCAAAGAUAUCGGCUUCAACAUCGCCGUGCUGCUGACCAACCUCUCGGAGCACAUGCCGCACGACAACCGCCUGAAGACCUUCCUGGAGCUGGCGGAAUGCAUCCUCAACUACUUCAGCCCCUACUUGGGCCGCAUCGAGAUCAUGGGCGCCAGCAAGCGCAUUGAGCGCAUCUACUUUGAGAUCAGCGAGACCAACAAGGCCCAGUGGGAGAUGCCCCAGGUCAAGGAGUCCAAGCGGCAGUUCAUCUUCGACGUGGUCAACGAGGGGGGCGAGUCGGAGAAGAUGGAGCUCUUCAUCAACUUCUGCGAGGACACCAUCUUUGAGAUGCAGAUCGCGGCACAGAUUUCAGAGGAGGAGGGCCAGGAGGAGGAAGAGGAGGAAGAGGAAGGAGAAGGGGCAGAAGGUGGGGAAGCCGAGAAGGUGUCGGCACCAUCGGAGUCAUCCUCGGUCUUCGGGGAGUUUUUGGACGGCGUGUUAAACUUCUUCCGCAUGUUCACCUACCGCAACAUCCGCCGGAAGCUCCGCAAGAUCAAGCAGAUGACGGUCAAGGAGAUGGCCGUGGCUGUGGCCACCUUCAUCUACACCAUUCUGAUGAGCAUCCUCCUCUUCUUCUACAACAUCUCCAAGGGCAUCUUCCUCCUCAUCUGGAACACGCUCUUCGGGGGCGGCCUGGUGGAGGAAGCCAAGAAGAUCACAAUGACGGAGCUGUUGGCCAGCAUGCCCGACCCAACGCAGGACGAGGUGCAUGGAGACGUGGCCCCUUCCGAGGAAGUCGAACAGGAGGCUGAGGAAGGGGAGGAAGCAGAGAUAGUGGAGCCCGGCAAGGAGGACGUGCCUGCUGAAGGCGGGGAGGGCUUCGACAUGAAGAAAGAGCAUUUCCGAUCCACAGCUCCUGAUGCGCCUGGCGGGCUUGGCGAUAUGGGGGACACGACCCCAGUGGAGCCCCCUACGCCCGAAGGAUCGCCCAUCCUCAAGAGGAAACUGGGAGUGGAAGGAGAGGAAGGGGAAGCAGAGCCGGAGAAGAUUGAGGAGCCUCCCGUGGAACCAGAGAAAGCUGAUGCUGAAAAUGGGGAGAAGGCAGCAAAGGAGGAGGAGGAAGAGAAGAAGAAGGAGGAGGAGAAGGAAGAGGAGGAGGAGAAGCCCAAGGAGGAGGAAGAACCACCAGCCAAGCAGAAGAAGAAGGUGGCCCAGAGGGACAAGAAGCAGGCGGAGGAAGGAGUCUCAGAGUUUUGGAACGAGCUGGAGAUCCAGAGGACAAAGUUCCUGAAUUACCUGUCCAGGAAUUUCUACAAUCUCCGCUUCCUCGCCCUCUUCCUGGCCUUUGCUAUCAACUUCAUUUUGCUCUUCUAUAAGGUUUCCGACACCCCUCCCGGCGAGGAGGAGUUUGAGGGCUCCGGGUUCGAUGGGGAUCUGGAGUCUGGCUCUGGAGGCGGCUCUGGCUUUGGUGGCGGGGACGAUGACGGCGGGGACGGGAAUGGCAACGGCAACGGGGAUGAGGACGACGAAGACAGCGUGGUCUACUUCUUCCUAGAGGAGAGCACGGGCUACAUGCAGCCAGCCUUGCAGUUCCUGGCCAUCUUCCACACGCUGGUGGCCUUCCUCUGCAUCAUCGGCUACAACUGCCUGAAGGUGCCGCUGGUCAUCUUCAAGCGCGAGAAGGAGCUGGCGCGGAAGCUGGAGUUUGACGGCCUCUACAUCACGGAGCAGCCAGAGGACGACGACAUCAAGGGGCAGUGGGACCGCCUGGUGCUCAAUGCUCCGUCAUUCCCAAGCAACUACUGGGACAAAUUCAUCAAGAGAAAGGUGCUAAACAAAUAUGGUGACAUCUACGGGCGGGAGAGAAUUGCAGAACUGCUGGGAAUAGAUCUGGCCAGUCUGGAAAUCACAGCGCAGAACGAGAAGAAAACUGAGCCAGACACGUCUCUCAUAACAUGGAUUACCUCUAUUGACAUCAAGUACAAGGUCUGGAAAUUCGGAGUGAUCUUCACUGACAACUCCUUCCUGUACCUCUUCUGGUACAUGGUGAUGUCCGUUCUCGGCCACUACAACAACUUCUUCUUUGCCUCCCACCUCCUGGACAUCGCCAUGGGCGUCAAGACCCUAAGGACCAUCCUCUCCUCCGUCACCCACAACGGCAAACAGCUUCUAAUGACGGUGGGGCUCCUGGCGGUGGUCGUCUACCUCUACACCGUGGUCGCCUUCAACUUUUUCCGCAAGUUCUACAACAAGAGCGAGGAUGAAGAUGAACCUGACAUGAAAUGUGACGACAUGAUGACGUGUUACCUGUUUCACAUGUACGUGGGGGUGCGUGCUGGCGGGGGCAUCGGUGACGAGAUCGAGGACCCGGCAGGUGACGAGUACGAGCUUUACCGCGUCAUCUUCGACAUCACCUUCUUCUUCUUUGUCAUCGUCAUCCUGCUGGCCAUCAUCCAAGGUUUGAUCAUUGACGCCUUUGGGGAGCUGAGAGACCAGCAGGAGCAGGUGAAGGAGGACAUGGAGACCAAAUGUUUCAUCUGUGGAAUCGGCAGCGACUAUUUUGACACGACGCCGCACGGCUUUGAGACCCACACGCUGGAGGAGCACAACUUGGCAAAUUACAUGUGAGCAGCUGGCUGGGGAAG